AUCGGUCCCAGUAUCAGCAUCCCACUCUACCUCACCAAGAUGAGCAGCCAGCCGGAAACGACCGCGAUGAAUAUUGUAGCCAUCAAGCCUGAGGUCACAGAGCUUGCCCUCCAGAAUCAGCCCUCCGGCAUAGUCUUGAGGCCCAAGGUCUUCGUGGAACUCGAUAUGCUGCCAGGCAAAACCUUUUAGACGUAGUGAGUUGUGCAAGGCCGGGUAUGCUGCUUCGAGAAAUGGGAUGCAAUCUUGCCUCUCCGAAUGACAUUGCUUGUGCUCUCCCCGCUUGGGCUCUUCAAUGCGGGAAUGUUUGUAGGCAAUAUACAGAUCAAGCUCUUGCUGAUCCCAGCUGUAGUAGCCAAAGGACCCACUCCAUACAGCCUCGAACCCAGGCUGGUCUUCUAUCACCUCUUCAAUGUCUGCCUGGACCAUGUUUCCUCGUGGGUGUUGAGAACGGGCGUCGGUCCUGCUUCGAAGAAGGAAGCGGGCAUCUUUAUGACAUCGUUGGCGUAUGAGCUCUUGGCGCCAGUCGCAGAGUGUGGGGACGUCGUCGAAGUAGAACGUUACGGGAGGAUACUCUCUCUUCAAGAGCGUCUGCACCUCGAGGCGUGUCUGGCGAUUGAGGAGCGGAAGGGCGAGCGAUUGUUCGAAGUCGAAAUUUGGCGGAAAGUCAUCGUAUGGGUGCACUGGUGGCUCAGGAAGGGCGCCGUACACAAAUCGAUAUAUCUCUUCGCGGAGCUCUAGUGGGAGGGCCAAGAAGGUUGCUUCGAGGCGUGUG